UUGCUCGUGCUCCUCUCUUCAUGCAGAAAUACCUCCGAGAUGCCACACUAGACGAUGGGCUGCCUGCGCCAGAAUUGUCUCUUCCGCCGACAGCCUGGGGCACGGCUGCUUCGUACGCCGGACGCGACAUGUUUAUGUCCGAAACCACGUUGGACUCGUUCAUCGAAGGGCCAUCCGGGCUCUCGACAGAUUCUACUUUCCUUGAGCAACAGCCCGAGAAAGCCACGACCGAGUUCACGUCAGCCAGCAGCAUCUCCGCGCACUACCCACUGUAUUAUUUCGAAGUCACAGUGCAUGCACUAAGAAUGGUAGACGCAAAGAUAAUGCCUGGCAUUGCAUACCAACAUGGCCAGUCCGCAAUGGUGGACCUCGGACACUAUGACAUCAGGUCGGCGCGGGUCCUCAGCACCUACACCUGCAAGAACGGAGACGUCAUUGGGUGCGGAGUGUGCCCGAAGGAGAACAUGGUAUUCUUCGCGAAAAAUGGACUAUACCUGGGCCGUCGAAUCGUUGACUUACGGGCCGUAACAUCGCUACGCCCACUGUUGGCCAUAACCGUUGGCAGCACGCCGGUCCCUCUAAGGAUACGCACCCGUGCUAACUUCGGGCAGGAGCCUUUCGCGUUCAACGUAUGCAGCUGGUAUGAGCCAUUGUGGAAAGCGCGGAUGGAAAAGUUCAGGCAGACCGCAGCAUGUCUUCCCGCGGAGGUUCUCACAACAGUCGCGGCAUUCGCGGCAGAAGGAUCGGUCACUACCGCUAGUCAGGCGUGGCACUCCUGCGGCGACAGUUCCCCAUGGCUGUUGCGAAGGCACAUGGUGAUCCAGUGCCGGCUUUCCAUGGUCUGCCGCGCGUGGCGAAAAAUCUGCCGUUCACCCCUCUUCUCCACGCUUUGCCUCCUUCGCACCACGCAUCUUUACCAGAUCCGCGGCAUCUUUGACCACUAUUCAGGACAGGCUCACCCAGGACGCUUCGUCGAAACGGUGUAUGUCGGACCGAACGAAGCCAGCCCUGUGAAUGCUCAUGAUGACUCCGCGCCCGCCAUGGAGCUGGUCCUUUCUUCGGGACUCCUCCGCCAGUCUGAUCACGUGCGAAAGAUCGUAUGGGACGAGCACGACCCGUCACGCCCGGUCCCACCGCGCGUUCAGGCCGCUCUCCCUUCCUUGCUUCGCGCGUCCUUCCAAGGCCUCACCGAGCUCUGCAUCCGCAACCGUACGCUUUCGUCAUUCAACGAGCUCUUCCGGAUCGUCUCCACCGUUCAUACGCUUCGCAUAGUACAUCUGGAACACCUACGAUGCGCUCCGCGGAUGGGACCAGCAAUUCGCCAGUCAAAAGGCGCUCUGAGCAGCCUGCAGGAGCUGGUGGUUAAAGGCUGCAUCUUCUCCCUGGAGCAAGUCUCUGCGCUGUCGCAGGUCUGCUUGAUAGGUCGGGCGCUUAAUCACGGUUCCGAAGUCGAGAAACCGUGCGAUGCCUACAGCGAACGGCCCGCUAUUGAUGCCACGGACGCGUCGAAUGUCAUCAGUAUCGCGGAGGCGCUGCUUGGCUCGUACUACAGGUCCGACGUCGAACACUACUGUCAGGAUAUAUCGCUGCGUACGAAGCGCAUCGACGAAGUACACACGGGAAAUGUGAGAUGGGAGCUCUCGCUUCUAGAUCGGGUACCAACAAGCUGGGUCACGAAAGAGCCGCACCGCGAAGUCCUCCACCUCUCCACGACGUUCCGCACGCACAACGACUCACCAUAUGCGACGGCAGACAAGGUCUCGAUAGAGUUCUACAACUGCUACAAGCCGCGACCGGUGACGCACUGGCCCGCGUUCGAGUCCAUGGUCCGCACGCUGGACGGGCUCGUCGCCGGCCUGCCGCACCGCACCGAGUUCGGUUUGCGUGCGCGCGACUACUCGACAUGGGAGGAGCCGUGGUUGCCCGCGCUGGAGAAUGUUACGUCGGUCCUUCGGGACCGUGUGCGCAGAUGGAUGCCGCAGGCGCGGGAAAAGGGUGUUGUCCGUGUUGAGCACUUGGGCACCAUGAAAGACAAGUGUUCUCCUGGGAUGCAGUCAUCUCUCGUUCUGUCACGCCAGUCUCACGACGACAAGCCUACAAGAUCUGCGCCAGCGUUAUAACAUUAGGUUUCCCCGCGUUAUAGGCACAACUCUAUCAAAUGAAUGUCUUCCCAAACGGAGACGAACUGCGCGGCAGAGUAUUCUCGUCCUACGACAGAUCGCUCGGCGCUGGACACGCGGCUCAAGGCGCGGGAGCAAGGCCGAACGUGUGAGCUUCGUGGCACCGCCUCGCCGCCAGUUUGCUGUGGCCUCUAUCAUUAUCUAGCUAGCCCUGGGGAUUUGAUUGAAGCAAGAAUGUACAGGAUGUAUUAUUUACGGAAAUGUAUUAUAGGCAUACAAGGUGCCGGAUGCCAGUAUAGGCUCAGGCUGACUCACUGGAGCGACCGGCCGUUAAC